AUGAUUUUGCAGGAAACCAUUCUGUGCGGCGUAACGCCCGCCGCAGGGCCAGGUUCCAUCGCGUUCCACGACCUCAAGACUGGAUCCACACUCGCGUCAUUCAAACAGACUACCUCUGCUCUCCAUUCGACCGCCGUCGUCCAGACUCGAGAUGGUCAAGGCGGCUUACUUUUUGCAGCACAGCAGGAUAAGUCUAUUAUGAAUGUUUACAACUUCCAAAAGGAUCAAAUCAGUCUGAAGAUCGUACUGCCUGAAAAACUCACCUGCAUCGCGAUAGACCAUUUCGGAGAAUAUUGUGCCGGAGGGACUGCUCAAGGACGCAUCUACCUUUGGGAGAUCGCGUCCGGGAUACUGUUCAAUUCCUGGGACGCGCACUACCGUCAAGUUACCGUGCUGAAAUUCACCCACGACGGCGCAGGGCUUGUGUCUGGCAGUGAGGACUCCGGGAUCAGCGUGUGGUCUGUAUCCAGAUUACUGGACGACGAUGUAUUGAACGAUCUCCCUCUCCCCUACUGCGUGCUCUCGGACCACACUUUGCCUGUGACGGACAUCGCAUGUGGAAUUGGCGCGUUUCCACGUUGCCGGAUCCUGUCUGCUUCUGUGGACCAUUCUCUAUGGGACCUUGCGUCUCAGUCACUCCUCACCACGUUCCAGUUCCCCCAGCCGAUCUCGUGUCUGGCGUGGGACGCGACGGAGCGACUGUUCUUUGCUGCGUCGAAGGACGGGUCCAUCCACCAGAUGAAUCUGUUCAAGCAGCGCGAAGACAAGAGUGGCGCAGCGCGCGUGGAUGCGAUUGGCGGUGCUGGUGUAACGGACAUCAUCCGUGCAGGAGAGGAGGACACGCGAAAGGCACAGAAGCGGCGGCUUAUUCUGUUGGGGAACCCGUUCUAUCGAUCGCCAUCUCCUGACGUCGACUUUACUUCUGGCUGGGACAUCAACGGGGCUGAUCCACAUCUACGACAUCCCAUCGCACCAACUGCUGCGCAGUGUAUCGACGCACAAAGGCAGUUCAAUAACGCAGCGGGGACGUCGUCCAUGGUGCCGGUUAGACAUGUUGCCCCGUUCCAGCGCAUGAAGGAUGCGAAGGCGAGAGAGACUCGCGAAGUGACGAUGACGUUGUCUACUCCGGCCAAGGACGAGUCGGUUCUGUAUUCACCGGAGGCCUUGCUUCGGGACCACGAAUUCUUUGUCAAAGCCACUGGUGGGGGCGAUACCGUGUCUCUGCAGUCCAAAGUCACCGAACUGGAGUCGGAGGUCGCGCGCUUACGAGAGCAGCUCGGCAAAGCCAAGGGUAUCAACGAUGCCAUCUGGGAAACCGUCGUGCACAAGGUUGUGAAGCCGGACGCGGUUUCGGGUGAACCUCAGCGCAAACGAGGUCGGACAGACGAUACUUAG